ACACUCAGGAGGGAAGAAGCAGCCUUUAUCAGAAGAUCUGACUGAUAACUUUCUUAUCCAGUUUUAAUUUGGCUUCUAUUCUUUGACAGCUCGCUGGAUGAGAUGCAUUGCCUGAGCAGAAAGCCCAGGUCAUAUCUACUGAACUCCUACAGUGAUUUCCAGGAGACCGACGAGAUUGCCAGAGAAUCAUAUGAGGCCACCUGGUUAGACCUACUGAUGGAGACAAGACCAGAAUACAAGAGGACAUGUGUCGAGAAGGAUUCAGUGAGAAAGGAGAGCUAUGAAAGCAAGCAGGUGGUUCAUUUCACAGUCAGACGCUUCCUAAACCAAACCAUUCACAUGGGGAGAGAGGGGGAGCCACUGCAGCAAUAUAAUUUACCUUACAAAAACAUUCUUCCAAUACCAAUAUUUGUGCCCAGAGAUGUCACACAGCCUGACAUCACCCGGGAGCCCUCUCCCUCCGGAAUAAAAUCUGCCAUGGACUCUGAGACUAGUUUAAAUGGUCUUUGCCUUCAGAAGAGAGAGGUCUCGUCCAUCACCGAACAUAAGCCAAGGGUAAUCCAACCCAGGAGUCCAGACUUCAGAGCGUCCAGCCUCAUCUCUCCCCCACGAGACACACUCGGCUUCCAGCGACGAGAAUGAUGAGCUGAUGAAAGCUGCCUGCCAUCAUGGACACGGAUACAAUGACAAGUAUGGUGGGUGACCUCACUCACACUUAAAUACCAAAGCCUUCAAGAGACCUACGUGCUCACAAUUUCAGCUGAGACUACCAGAGAAAUUGAAUUAAAGGAAGAUACCAUAAAAAAGUAUUGUUAAGCAUAAAAUGAAUGUCAUGCUAUUUAACCAUAUGUUUUAUCAUUUGAAACAUUGUUGUUCUCUGUAUUUAUUUACAAUAAAUGCCACUUGGUGUGUU